AUGACAGCACAUAUUCAUUCGAGUGCCACUAGUAAAUCAUCACUUUUUAAACGAUUGGUCAUUCUCACCAUUGUAGUCUCCGUACUAAUUUACUUGGCUUUUACUUUUAGUUUGUUCUCCGUUCCGACAAAGUUUCAAAAACAAGCUUUAUCAACAACAUUAGAAGCAAACUCUGCUAAACAACAACAACAACAAGAAGCAAUAGUAGUAACACCAGCACAAGCAGCAACACCUGCUAAAGUUGAUGAAGAAGUGAAGAAGCCUACGGGAAUUGUAGUACAAACACCUGCAGCAGCCAACAAGCAAGUUGAGGAAAAACCAACAACAACAAUUCAAAAAGAAGAAGAGGAACAUGAGGAUUUAGGAAAUAGUAUUCCUCCGCAACAACCUGUGCAAGAUUUGAGUGGAGAAACCUAUGAUGAUUUUAUCAAAUCAUCACCAAAUGCAUUGGUUUAUGUUUUUUCACCAAGUUGUUCUCAUUGCAUUCAGUUUGCUCCAACUUUUGAAAAACUAGUUGUGGAAUUGGGUAAAAUUUAUGGAGGAAUAAUCAAUAUUGGAAAGGGUAUGUGA